AUUUACUAUAAAUAUUAGUGAUUUCAACUAUAAUUAUAACAGAACUACUGUUUAUUUUAGGAAACUUCGGGAUUUACCAAUGUUUCCGUUAUCGUAUAAGGCCUCUCUUCCUCCCGCUAGUAGCUACAUUGAUGGCAUUCCGAUUAUCGUGAUCUUUACGGCGCUAUUAACCAUAUUGUGUCUACCAAUACAUAUAAAAAUAUUAAAUUUCGUUGUGUAUCUUACUAUUUUACCAUUGUAAUGUGCUAAUGUUGUGUCUCGCGUUUUAUUUUAUUCGCACCAAUAAAUUUUGUCAAUUUCUGCUUGAGCCUUAUAAGUGUUAUACUAUGGAUAUAUAUACUGAGUCAAAAUUGAAAGAAUGGGGAUUCUCAUCAGAAAUCAUUAAAGUUUUUAAAGAUGAAGAAAUAAAUGAAAUGGCAUUGUUAAACUUAACUGAAACCAUGGUCACACAAUUGUUUCCUAAGAUUGGUCAACGAUCAGUAUUUUUAAAAAAUCUUGGAGAAUUAAAAAAUCUUAAAAAUUUAGCUGUUAAAAACAUUGAAUUACAACCAAAACACCCUGCAAUUGAUUGGGACAGUUUGGAAUUUGAAGUAACGGAUAUUGAUAAUACAUUAUUACCCAUUGACAACAAUCAUGUUGAGGAGGAAAUUUUAUUAAAUGAAAUUGUAUUACGGUCUUCGAACACUAGUAUUGCUAAAAAAAAUAAUGAAUAUUCUUCAGAUGUCAACCUAUCAUUUGCAAUAUGCCAACUAUUUAAAACAAAUUAUUUUAAUGAACAUUAUCAGGCAUUUAAUGUUACCCCUAUCCCAAAAUAUAUUUGCAUUAAUUUGGAACAAUUACAUCAGAGGUCACACGAAGUCCGUGUAUCUGGCUCAGAUUUAAUUUUUAUCCCUUUAUAA